GCCGAAACUGUGCAUGUUUAGUUGUAGAAAUCGUAAAAAUUCACCAAUUUAUCGAAUUAUACCAGCCAAUUUACCAUGCGGUUGAAGUGUUAAUAAAGUGUUAUUAGUGUUAAACAUUCCUAGCAUCAAAGUUAACUAAUUAGAUAGGUGAUCAUUAGUGUAUCAAUAUGAAUAUGAAUAUGUUCUCUGGCAAGGAUGCCGUGAAUCCGGCAUAUCCAACGCAAUGGGCCAUGAAUCCGACUGCGUAUCAAAAUAUGGACUCCAGCCAGGUGGACUGGGCGGCUCUGGCGCAGCAAUGGAUUGCUAUGAAAGAUGCCGCAGUGAUUGUCGGAGCCACAACCUCAAAGCCAGAUGUCGAGGAAGGCGAAGCGCCCAUGGAGGUGGAAAACCCUGACUGCGCCAACGCUGACUCUUCAGAUGUGCCGCAGGAACAGUGGAAUGCGACAUCAAACUCUUGGGGCAACAACUGGAACCAGUGGGGUUGGGGAUGGCCGGGGGCGGGCCCGGUGGAUCCUACAAAGCCGAUGGAUCCCUCCAUGGCCAUGCCUGCCAUGGUGGACGGCUACCCGGUACCAGACACUGCCGCUGCUAUGACUGGGUACAACACGGGCUCCGUCCCCGGUGGCCCAACGUUCCAGCACGGCUACUGGACGGCGAGCCAGGAGCAGUCGUCCGCACCGAGCAGCCGCAGCUCCGGCCACCGCCGCUCCAAGAGCAAGAAUAGGGAUAGCAAGAGCAGCAGUAGGCCGCAUCGGUCUCACAGAGACAAGCCGCAGCCGCCGCCGCCGGCGCCGGAGCCCGCGCUGCCGCCCGGCGCGCUCGACGCGGCCAAGCGCCGGCAGCUGCCCGCCUGGAUCAGAGAAGGUUUAGAGAAAAUGGAGCGAGAGAAACAGAAAGCAAUAGAAAGAGAACAGGAGAUGAAAGCAAGAGAAAUAGCGGAAGCAGAAAAGAAGAAACUAGAAGAAGAAGAACUAGCGAGAAUGAAGGCAGCGGCUAGUGGCGAACCCAUGCUACCACCUAAGAGUAAAUUUGAGUCGGAGUCAGAAGGCGAGGAGUCGGACAAGGAGCUGCCCCCCGCGGCCCCCGAGCAGCCCCCGCCCCCCGCACCCCCCGCGCCCGCGCCGCCGCCCCCGCGCGCGCCCUCCCCGCCGCGGAGCAAGGAGGAGGUCAUGCAGGAAGUGAUGCUAGCGGUGCGUCGCUCCCUGACUGAAAUCCUUCUCGAGGUGACGGACCAGGAGAUCCACUCGGUGAGCCAAGAAGAGUUGGCAAGAUAUACCGCCGCACAAGCUUCGAGACUCAACGUGUCGAGAGCGAGCAAGUCGAAGGCUCUGGCUUCUAUCGCUAGUGGACUCGGUCUCGGCGCGUACGAGAGCAGCGGCGGCGAGAGCGAGCCCGAGGAGGACACCGAUGACGUCACGGACCAGCAGUUGCAGGAGCAAAUCAAGCGCAAGCGCCUGGACUUCGAGCGUACGUCGCGUGAGAUCGAGGCCGAGGUGAAGAAGGCGGAGCUGCGGGAAGAAGGGGGCGAGCCCGCCACGCCCGAGCCUGAUACCAGAGGAUCCGUCACACCGCCGCCGGUCGAGUCGGACACUCCGGAGAAGAUUCCAGAACGACGCCCGUCGAAGGACAAGCGGAACAACCACAAACCCAACGACCGAGUCGACGGCGUCCGCAGACUCGAGUCCAUUCCUGAAGAGAAGAAGAAGUCUAAUAAGAGGGAACACACGCCAAGUCCACCACCCAAGGUAGAAAAGAAGAAGACUUCUUCGAGUUCAUCAAGCGACUCCGAACAAGACUCGCCUUCAAGCUCCAGCCAUUCCGAAUCAGACAGUGAAGCAGAACUCAAAGAGAAGAAAUCAAAGAAACAUAAACGCAAGAGUUCUAGUGACAGCUCAAACAAGAAAUCAAAGAAGAAGAAAGAGAAGUCGUCAAAGUAUGACAACGACAGGGAAUCAAAGUCCAAGCGAUACGAUGACGACUACGAAAAGUCGAAAUCGAAGAAACGCGACGACCGCGACGAUUACUACGACAAGUCGCACAAAUCUCGCAGUAGGGACUACUCUCACAGGGACAGAUAUAGGGACGAUUCGGACGACGAGCGACGGCGGAGGAGGAAGCGGUCGCGCUCGCGAUCAAACACGUACGAGUCGCGUCGCAGCCGCCGGGUGUCGGAAGAGCGGUCCCGUCGGCGUGACAGGCGGUCGCACGACCGGGAAAAACGGUCGUACGACCGGGACAGACGGUCGUACGACCGCGACAGGUCGCACGAUAGGUAUGAGCGCGCUAGGGACGAGCGCCGCCGGUCCCGCUCCCGCUCCCGCUCCCGCCACCGCCGAUGAGGUUGGCUGCCAAGCAGGUUGUAUUAUUUUACAGUUUUAUUUUUCGUUUCUUCUAACUGGCCAGCGUUGCUUGUUGAAUGUAUACUUUUUUGCAACGCUAGAAUGAGUCAUAGUUUAUAGAAACCGGAACUGGCUAAGCGUAAUACUUUGUCUGUUCUUAACUCGUAUAUUUCGCAAUUUUAUUGGAAUCAAUAACACGUGUGAUCGAUGUUACAUAAUAAAUGUUGCAUACAAUGUUGCAGAUAAGAUUUUCUAUUCCAAUGUGCACAGUUAAAUUGUAAAUACAAGCAAUUACAAAUGUUUUAAACCAAUACCCUUAAAAUAUUCACAAUUUAUGUAGGAAUCAUUUGAACAUUAUUAGAGUGACAUGAAUGAGGAACUUAAUUAAAAACGCAUGCUUUAAAUAUAUACUUUUCAAAAUGCUGAUGCAGUUCUUUCUGACUUGAUAAAUGAAUUGAUUAUCAUAAUACCCAGCUGACAUUCAUAUCGCUCUACUGAUAAAUCUGAAGACUGUGAUAUAUUAUUAUUAAUUUUCUUCUUACAGGUGGAGCCAUCUGUAACCUUCGGAAGUGUAAAUAUAGUGUUAUGUGAAUAAUAUUUAACUGUACAUUAGCUUUGAAUGAACUCUCCAAUAAAUUCACAACCUUAACAUGAA